UCCUCUCCAGAAGGAAUGACAGUAGCAACUAUUAACAGCCAUGAAGUUGACGGCGCUUGUAGCGCCCACCGCCCCACCCCCCGGGGUUUUGUGACACUCCGGUGCGCCGAGAAGGGGAGGGGACAGCUCGCGCCCCGCCUGGCCUCUUCCGCCGCCGCCGUGGGAAUGGAAACAUCUACCCCACGUACCGGAAGCCAGCUCGCGCAGACGGCGGCGCGCCACUCCGCGUCCUCCCGCGGCGAAGCCCUGCGGGUGUCAUCGCGAGACGAGCUCGCCGAAAUGGCCGCCGCCAGUCAAGGAAACUUUGAGGGAAAGUUUGAGUCACUGGACCUUGCAGAACUUGCUAAAAAGCAGUCAUGGUGGCGCACGCUGUUUGGGCAAGAAUCUGGGCCUUCAGCCGAAAAGUAUAAUGUGGCAACCCAGCUGUUAAUUGGAGGUGUCACUGGAUGGUGCACGGGUUUCAUAUUCCAGAAGGUUGGAAAACUGGCUGCAACGGCUGUGGGAGGUGGAUUUUUUCUGCUUCAGCUUGCAAACCAUACUGGCUACAUCAAAGUGGACUGGCAGCGUGUAGAGAAAGACAUGAAGAAGGCCAAAGAACAGCUGAAGAUCCGCAAGAGCAACCAGAUACCUACAGAGGUCAAGAGCAAAGCAGAGGAGGUGGUGUUGUUUGUGAAGAAGAACGUUCUAGUGACUGGUGGCUUUUUCGGAGGCUUUCUGCUGGGCAUGGCGUCCUAGAGGGGAUGACUUCACCACCAUUAGUCCUAGCUUUUUGCCAACCAGCAGCCUCUUCCCUCCACCCUAGGACAGCAGACUCCUCCUCCUCUUCCUCCUCCCUGCCAUGGCGUAUCUGAGUGGCUUCUGUAGGCAUCUGUUGAUUCAAAUUGGGAACGGCCCCUCUGUGAGCUUGACGGCAAUGGAAGAGACCGUAGAUGUUAGCACUUACCUAGCACACUCCCCUGGGACUAAUCUGUAGGUCAGCAAGUACAUUCCUUUCUGUGUAAGAUACUUAGCAGAACAUAGGACAAGAUGACAACGCCAAGUGGAUCUUCAAAGGUUGCCCCACACUUGAUUUGGAAAAGACAUCGCAAGCAUAUAAGAUACCUCAUUAAGUUUUGCAUGGAAAGGAACUGAAUACACUAGCCUUUAAGCAUGAAGGAUUUUGCAAUUGUGGUGUCUACUUUCUAUUUUAGUAGAUUUGAGAUUACAGAAAGAGAACUACUCUUAGUGUGCGAUAGUUGAAAAAUCCGAAUAUGAAAUGACCUUGUCCUAAAGUGACAUACGAUGAGCUGAAGCUGUGUUUGGUGGGAAGGCCUUUGGGGAAACCAAGCAGCUGAUAACAUUUAGGAUGGUCAGACUUAGUGAAUCAUUUAAAGGCAUUCAGAUAUUAUCUAGGGAUGUUUUCCACCACACAGGGUAAUGUAUUCCAUGGCUGUUUCCAAAGGUUUAUUGAUGG